AACCAUUUGAAUGUGCUACCGCAUGACCUUGGUACUCAAAUGGUUGUAAAAGUUGAGUUACCGAAUUUGGUAUAAAUCUAAGUUCAUAACGUGGCACGGACUAGCGGGUAAGCCAGGGAUUUUCGCGCACACGUUACAUAUUGUCGUGGAUUUUUUGUGUCGUUAUUUAUCAGCUAUUAACAGGCUUUUUUGCAUGACACAUCAAUUUCUGUAUUGCUAGUGCUUGUAACAUAGUUUUCAUUCCAAUUUAUUGGCAGUUUGACGUAUUUCUUGCUCACCACAAUUCAUAGUACUCUGGAUUCAUUAUAUGGUCUAGUUCGGAAAUUGUACCAAUUAACUAAUUUUGGAAAAAUGGUAUCCGAUAAUCUCUCCAACAAUUUAAUAACAGAAGAAGAAGCUGAAUUGUAUGACAGACAAAUAAGACUAUGGGGCAUAGAAUCACAAAAUCGACUCAAACAGUCUAAAGUUUUAUUACUUGGUAUGAAUGCAUUGGCUGCAGAAAUAGCUAAAAAUAUUGUUCUGGCGGGUAUCUCCAGCCUCACAAUUAUAGAUGGUCAACAAGUCACUAAUGACGAUUUGGAAAACAACUUCCUUAUACCACGUGAUUCUGUUGGACUAAACCGUGCCGACGCGGUUAUUGGUCGUACUCAAAGCCUGAAUCCAAUGGUUAAAGUACAGUCUUCUGAGCUGGGAGAUGAUCUAAAAGAUAAAUUUCAAGAAUAUAAUUUGAUCAUCCUUAUAACCGAAUGUUCAAGCGUUCAUUUUAAACAAUGGUCAACUAUAUGUGGCAUUGUGAGUAGUAUGGACCUAGAUACAAGACCAUAUAUAAUAUGUGCAUCAGUAACUGGAUUGUUUGGACUCGCGUUCAUAGAUCUCGGCGCACAUGAAUGUUUGUCUGAAGAUGUGGUAGUAAAGAAAAGAUCAGUGUCAGAAUUAUCAUCUGGUUCAAUUCAAAAGAUAAAUAAAGCUAGCGAACCAUCAAAUACAGAGACGGUACUUGUAAAAAAGACAUUCAACUAUUGUCACCUGUUAGACAGUUCAUGUCUUAUUUCUAACAUGUUAAAAAAUAGAUCACAUGCUAAAUAUAUUCCCAAAGGAUAUUUCCUUAUGCAAGUUUUAAGCCAAUGCUCUAUCGAAGAAGCACCAUUUACCUUACCAUAUUUACAAUCCCAAUGGCAAAAGGUAUCAAAGAUUCUGGAUGUAGAUGAAACAAUUCUUUCCAUUGAAGAUUUAGAAUGUUGCUCUGGUGCUACAAUCCCAGCUGUUAAUCCAGUACUUGGUGGUGUUGUGUCCCAAGAAAUAAUCAGGGCCAUAACACGAAAAGGUGCACCGCAUGGAAACUGGUACUUUUUUAAUGGAUCACAGUGCUCAGUUACUGUCGAUUGGUUACCGCCAGAUGAAAAGUCAUAAACCAGUGAAUAUCUCUACUACCAUUAGAAAAACAAGCUAUUUUUCUAUUGGGUUUAAUAAAUGUAUAGUUGACUGUACAAGAUUUUAGAAAAUAUACAAAAAUAUAAAA